AUGGCUUCGUUGGAUCAGUUAUCACAGAAUCAGAAGGAUGCAAACAUCAAGUUAGUCAAGGGUCCAUGGAGGCAUGAGGAGGACGAGAAGCUAUUAAAGUUGGUAAAGGAGUUUUCCCCUAAGAACUGGUCGUUUAUUGCAAAGAGGCUUGGAAGUAGAGUUGGAAAGCAAUGUAGAGAGAGAUGGCAUAACCAUCUUAACCCACAAAUCACAAAGAAACCAUUUACUGUAGAGGAGGAGGCACUGAUAAUUGAACUUCAUUCGAAAUUUGGCAACAGAUGGUCGGAGAUAGCCAAGUAUCUUCCUGGAAGGACGGAUAAUGCAAUAAAGAAUUAUUGGAAUUCGUCGAUACAAAGGAGAAGCGAGAAGGUAAGGAGAAGAAGUAUGUUCUGUUCGAUUGAUGAAUUUCAGAAGGCUCAUGGGAUAACGCAGGAGAAAGGUGAGUAUGGCUUUGGGCUUCAGAAAGGGGACAUGGGCCGGAAAACCAAGAGAAGCAUCAGUGUCCAGAAUCUUCCGGAAUACGUCCCUAAUGGAGGGUCCUUGGACGAGGACGACUUUGAUGAGAUGGAUGAGAUUGCCAGCCAAGCCCUUCUGCGGAUAUGUAUGUCAUUUUAA